AUGUCGCCAUUCACUAAUUCUCCUUCGCUUCGGAAUGUGUUGAGAUCCAAGGAAACUCCAGAUGGAAAACCAAGAAUUGGUUUUUUUUCGAAAGAGAUGAAAGAUGGGAAGAAAGAAUGGGCAAAGCUCACAUUCAUGACGUUCGGUAUGAUAACGAUAUUCAUGUUUUUGUUUCUAUCGAUUUAUUUCGGAUCAUAUUAUGAUCAAAUAUCCCGAGCAUCACAUUUCUCAAUUGAAGUUUUAGAUCUAGAUUCAAUCGCUUCACCAAGUAGUAGUUCCCAUCCAGCGAUUUUAGGUCCAGCAAUUAGAACUGCCAUUCAACAGAAUAUGGCGAUUGAACCUCAUUUAGGAUGGUACGAAGCUGAUCCAUCUACCCUAUCAAAUUUCAGAAUCGUACAAGGUGGACAGGGAUUGGAUCCGUAUUCGUAUGCAGAACAAAAAGUUUUGAAUCAGGAUGUAUGGGGUGUAUUGAUCGUUAAUUCAAAUGCGACAAGUGGUGUUUGGAGAGGUUUAACAGAAGGUGUCAUGUGGGAGCCCACCGGCGCUAUGACAUUUAUAUAUGAAGAAGCACGAAACUUUUAUGGUUCAAAUCAAUAUGUCGCUCGUCUAGGUACGAUGUUAAUGACAUCUGCUGGUAAUUCAGCUGCUACGACAUUGGUUUCUCAGAUCUUGGCUUUGGGUAAUGCAUCGGCGGUCCUUACCACUGGCUCUCAAGCUAUGGCAGUUGCUGCUCCGUUCAAUUACAAUCAACAUAAUUUGAGACCGUUUGAUCAACUUGCCGGUAUAGCUUCAACAACUGUCGGAACAGUUUAUCUGAUUAUCUUUACAUUCUUGAUUUCGGUAACAUGGAACAAUCAGGGUUUACCUCUAAUCCAAGAUUCCUUGACUCAGACUUCUGAAGUACUGGUCAAGCUUCUCGUGCCAUUCAUUGCAUACUUUUGGUUAUCGCUUCAUUAUUCUUUGGUUUCAUUAGCCUUCCUGAUCAAUUUCACUAGAGAAUUCGGUAAAGGUGGAUUCGUGGUUUAUUGGAUGGCAGAUUGGAUUACAAUGUCUGCAUUAGGUUUCGUUAUGGAAACUAUGUAUCUUUGGUUGGGUCCAUUCUUCCCUUUCUUCUUGAUUUUCUGGGUUAUCUUGAAUGUCACUGUCGCUUUCUUGGAUGUAGGUGAUAUGGCUACUUUCUAUCGAUAUGGUUAUUGGACACCUAUAUGGAACUUAGUCGACAUGGCUAAAUGUAUCACAUUCGGAACUAAGAAUCAUCUCGUUCAGAAUUUCGCUGUUAAUCUGGGCUGGCUGGUAGUUUGGAUGACCCUUCUUGCGAUUACAGUGAUAUUCCAAAGGAGGAAUAAGGAGAAAGAAAAUAUGAGAAAGAAAUGGGAAGAGAUUAAGAAAGUUGAUGAACAAGAAUCGAAUCGUCAGAAAUCAACACGUUAA